UGUCUGUGAAUGAUAGCCAGUCUCUCGGCUGCGGAGAGGAGUUCGAAUCACAGCAGCCUCUGUCGUCUUUUUACUUUCCAGAUUCUACAUUUGAACUGACUUUCUUUUUUUUUUUCAUUAUGCAAAAUUCUGCAAUGCUCAAAGGGACUUCGGAGGUUAAGGUUCAAAGUAUGGAAACCAAUUAAUUCAAUGUCUGUGUGUAUUUUUUCUUUAAUCAUUUGCAUGACUGGGAGGUUCUUCCACUCUGCUUUGGAUUCAACCCUAUUUUCGGGGAGCCAGCAGCCCUGAAAACAAACACAAGAACUGUGGAGUUUUAUCGCGGGAUAUUUCACGAGCAGCAGUGGCGUUCUGACGCGUCAUCAAUCUCGAUUUGAACCAUAUCGGUAAAGAUGCUGUGUUUUCAUACCUCACACCACCUGGUUUGGUUAGUUGCUUUGUGGAGCCUCAGCUGCACCGGUUUGACCACAGCACUGUCAGGUGCUCUUGGAAGUAAGCCAAAGCUAGAUUUGGACCCAAAUGUGCGAGACUGGGGAGAUUACUCAGAUCUCCCUGCUGGAAUUGAACACGGACUUGGACCAGAAGAGGACAGAGAACACGAAGACAACAGAGGAGGGGCAGAACUAUCAUCCAACUUGGCUCCUGAGCUGGAUUUCCUGGCUGACUUUGCAGGUAAGAAGCGGCUGUGGGUGAUAACCGCUCCAUCACACAAUGAUAACUACUUGCGGAUGAUGGAAAAACAGCUUGAAGACAUGGAUCAGAAAGGGCUGAACUGCCGUUUAGCAGAAAGAGACACUUUCAUCAUAACCAUCAUCCAGAACGCCAUGAUGGAGGGUCGAAUUCAGAAAACAACUUUUCAAGGAGAUGCAACGGUGGAGAACUUGGACCCUGACACAGUCACCAAACUGCUUCAUUACCUGGAGCUUUCCAGUCAAGAGCAAACCUUCACCAUGCUGGUCAUGAAGAAGAACCUCCAGGUCAGCGAGCGUUUUCCUUAUCCGGUCCGUGUUGAGGCAAUCUUGGAACUCAUUGAUCAGUUUCCAGUGAGGAAACUCGAGAAGAUGACCAGAAAAGGAUCAAAAUUAAGGUGCAAAACCACAAAAAAGAAGGUUGUAGUGAAAAGAAAAAAGUUGAUGAAGAUGCCGACCCGUCCUAUAACAAGAAACUCGACCUCGGUCAUGGCUUCACAAAGGCAACCCUUGGAUAAAAAGGCUGCACUGAUGAGUAAGAUCCAGGACAUACUGAAUGGCAAAUUUAGGUUUGUGAUUCGUAAGAGGCCUGCCGGAUCCACAAGAGGAAAGGCGACAAACAGUAAUGACUGGGAAACCUCCAAAGUGUCCAGCGGAGUCGAGUCUGUUUCAAGAAGUGCUGAGAAAGUGGAGAAAAACAGGACUUCCUCCCCUGCAGACAAAGGAAAGAAAAAUGCUGGUGGGCAAAAUGACAAAAAUAAGGAGGAACCAAAUAUAAAGGCUGACAGAGAGAAUAAAGGGAGCACCAAGAAAAAGGGCAAAGGGAACAAAGGAAAGAAACGAAAGGGGAAAAAAUCUAAUAGAGAAGUUAGUGAAGACGAUAAAACAGCCUUGAGGACAUUUUUGGACAGAAUUAAAGGGUCCAGAAGGUUGAUGGUGAUUUCGACGCCCAGUAGAGACGCCACUCUGUACAUUCAGCAGACCGAGGAGAACAAGAAGCAACACUGUGAACUCGCCAUCAGGAAGAUAACUGUGGCAACCAUUACAGGAGAAGGAAGUGACGCCGCCAUCUCUGUGCAGCACCAGCAGCUCGAAUCCGAGCGUCCUCUGAGUGAUCAUUCGGAGCCAGUUUUAGACCCACGCCUGAUCCCGCUGUUAAGAGCAGAGCUUGGCCUGUCCUCCUCUGACCUCUUCUCGAUGACCGUCACAGAUUAUGACAUCAGGGCCAAAAGAGUCUUUGAGGCUCCUCCAUCAAGCCCAGCUCUGUUCGAGUACAUUGACAACUUUCCCUCCAGGAACUCCGAGAAAGAGAAAGAAAGGAAAAGCCCUCCAGUGUGCUCCAAAGACACGCAUGCACCCGUGGUUGAGAACUCGCUGCUCAGGUUUAUGUCCAAGCGGAGGCUGCUGCUGCUCUCUGCUCCCUCCGAGGACGAUUACUCCUUCCAGCAGCAGAUUUCUGCUCUCAGUGGCCAGGAGUGUCAGCUGGGCAUCCGUCACUUUGCCUUGUUAAAGUUGACCGGAAACGGAGAGAAAGCUUCAGGAACCGUUGAGCUAUUUCCCAUAAAUGGUCGCAGUCAGAGCGAGGUGGAGCCAUUAUCUUUUAAUGUGGUCAACAACCUGAGAGAGCAGCUGAAAAUCAGUAGGGACUACUUCAGCAUGCUGGUUGUAGGGAAGGAUGGCGAUGUCAAGGCAUGGUUCCCAUCACCUAUGUGGUCUCUGGACAACAUUUAUGACCUGGUGGACUCCAUGGAGCUUCGUAUCCAGGAGGCAAACCUCCAGAUGAGUGUGGGGAUCCAGUGCCCCGACGACGCAGGAAGAGGAGGCAGCGAAGCAGGACACUAUCCUGGAUAUGAUGAAGACGGGGCUGAGGGAAGAUACUUCUAUCACCAAUCAGAGGAUUAAUGAGAUCUUACUGAACCACUGAGCACAAACAACCAUCUUCAGGACUCGUGAAAAGUGUCAUAUGUAACCAAAUAGAUUAUGAUGAAAAAGCGUUCAGUCUUAGUUGAAUAGAUGACGACUCAAGCCAAAAAGACCAACUGAUCCACAAACUGUUUAGUCCAAUUUCUUGAGAAAAAUCUCUCUGAUGCGAAGAGGCUAUAAAUUAGACCAGUCGAGACAACGACUAACUUCAGGACUCAUUAAAGCAUCCCAUGGAGCCACAGUAGAAUAUGAUGGAAACCACAGCAAAUAAAACUAUUAGCUGAAUAUAUUAGAGAAUCCAUGGGGCUGCGGGUGAAUUAUGAAGUUUGUAAAGGAUGAAGUUCCAAGAAAAGUGAUACAAACUAUGGAUCUGCACACAGCAAAGUGACAUUUUCUGAGAAACUGCCACCACAGCAGAUUGUAAUCUGCAUUACUCGAGGUUAUUAUUAUCCUUCAAACUAAAGCAAACCUCACCAGGUCUUGUUUAAGCUAUCCAUAAUAGAUUAUGAUUGAACCAACAGCAAAUAAGAAAUGUAAAAAUAAAAAAUAAAAACUU